CGAGAUCAGCUUCGCGCAGUACCCCUCGGCCGUGGCGAUACGGGAAAUGGCGAUUCGCGAGGUUGUUUGUAGCCAGUUUUGAGUAAACACAGGCUCGCGCGCGCACUCGCAGCUCGUAGGUUAAAUGUGCCCUGAACGUAAUGUGAUGUCGACUGUGCGCGAUGGCGAGCAAAGAGAUGACCGGCCAUCAGCAGCAGUUCGUUGAGGAAAUCGAUUACAAUGAGAUCGAAACGGAGCAGGUAGUCGGCAAGGGCUCCUUUGGAGUUGUGUGGAAAGGAAAAUGGAGAGGGCAGGACGUCGCAGUAAAACACAUAAACUCGGAAGGGGAGAAGAAAGCCUUCACUGUGGAAGUGCGGCAGCUGUCCCGAGUCGCUCAUCCCAACAUUGUUAAAUUGUACGGGGCGUCUACUAGAAAUCCAGUGUGCCUGGUGAUGGAAUACGCGGAAGGUGGAUCGUUAUAUAAUGUGCUACAUUGCAAUCCUCAGCCGCACUACACCAUCAGUCACGCUAUGAGUUGGACUCUCCAGUGCGCGCGUGGUGUCGCCUAUCUUCACAACAUGAAGCCGAAACCGCUGAUACAUAGAGACCUAAAGCCGCCCAAUCUGUUGCUAGUUAUGGGUGGGCAGAUGCUUAAAAUCUGUGACUUCGGCACAGCCUGUGACUUAAAUACAUACAUGACUAAUAAUAAAGGCUCGGCCGCGUGGAUGGCACCAGAAGUGUUUGAAGGAUCUAGGUAUACAGAGAAGUGCGAUGUAUUUAGCUGGGGUAUCAUUUUGUGGGAGGUUUUGACACGCAAAAAACCCUUUGAUGAUAUUGGUGCUUCAGCCUAUAGGAUAAUGUGGGCUGUUCAUAUAGGACAAAGGCCUCCUUUAAUAGAAGGAUGCCCGAAACCAAUUGAGAGUCUUAUGACCAGAUGUUGGCAGAAAGCACCUGAAGAAAGACCGUCUAUGGACGAGAUAGUAAGGAUAAUGACUGAGCUAUCGGAAUUUUUCAGUAGCCAUUUAGAACCCGUUGAAUAUUCUUUAAGUAGUGAAGAUGAUGUAGAAGAUGAAAACGAAACUUCGAAGGAAGGUACGUUAGAUAUAGUCAGUACGUUCGAGUUUGGUAUGAACGGUUCCGUUGCAAAUGGCACUAUUCGUACAAUUCCAAAGCCUGUAGAAAAUACUAACGAAUGCCGCAAUGAAGAGAGUUCAUCGCCCUUUGCAUUAUCUCGUACAACACCGGCCGGCGACGGAUCGACGAAAUUAUCGCCGCGGCAAAACAAUUUAGGAUUUCAACGAAUACAGGACGAGGUUCCAGUGUUGAAUAAUUUUCAUGGGAGUGCGGACAGCAAUUUAGAACACGUUAAAUCGUCGAUUUUGCAAAAUGCAACGCCGUCGACGCCACAUGAUGGCAAGACCGCCGCAUUACAAAGCAAAAACUACAAUUUCGCUCCGUUGCACGUGGAAUGCGAUCCGAACGCCUGGGAUUUGCCGAGCUCCUCUGACACAUCUUGGGAAAUUCCAAAUAACAUGGCCGGAUUAGAUAAAGUGGUUCAAAAAACGAAGAAAAAUAACCAAGGGGAGAGCCUUGUGGGGCUCGUACUCGAAUACAUACGUACAUACCCGAGCCUUUCUCAGAACAAGUGCCGAAAAAAGAUCGCAAGGAGGCUGUGGCACCAAACUGGCUGUCUGUGCGAGACCCGUCUCUGUCGCGUUGAAGGCAUCGUGCCAGGAACAUUAGCGCAAGAAUUAUCUGUUUUAUGCCUUAUGUGGCAAUCAAUACGCGAACUGGCUGUACAAUCGCAUUGCGUCAUCUUGCCGGAAAUAUGGAAAGCAGAUUGAAAAAACGAUAUCGAGCAAAUCUAAAUUUAUACAUAUUUAUAAUAUGUAACGAUGUUAUGUUAUAUAACAUAAUAUCGUUAUAAACAUUUUAUAUAUAAAUACGUUCAUUUAUUUAUCUAUUCCGGAAAUCGACUGAUUCAUAUAAUGCAUGCGAUGCUAUAAUAUACGUGGCAUGUAAAAUACUAUGUAUUGUCAAAUUCGUACCAUAAAUAUCACAAAAAACGUGAUUCGCGAUAUGGUAAUUGAUCAAUGAUAGGAAAGGAAAUAUCUUUCCUAUCAUUCAUUUCCCAGUAAACAUCGAGCAUCAGUUACGUUGCAUUUAUGUUAGGAUUUCUCCCUCAACAAUGUAAAUGUAAUAUAACACAUUGUUGAGGGAGAAAUUCUAACAUAAAUGCAACGUAACUGAUGCUCGGCGUUUGCUGGGUUCCUAUCAUUGAUUCGUCAUCCGGAUUUUUCGGCACCAUUACAAAAAAGGCAGACGGCGUGACUAAUAUGCCGGAUAAUGUGAAACAUUUUAAUGGACACAAUGCCUCGAGCGAACUGACACGGGCACGCAUUUUGAGCUUACAGAGUAGCGCUUUGUGGUACACGGAGUAGAUUAUUUUCGGCCUAGAAUACUAAAGCACCGCGCGCUGACUCACCGGGCGCCUUCCUCGUCUUCGUCUGCGUCGAGACUAACGCACGUUGCUCAUAAUGCGUAUCUACGCGCGCGAUUCGUCGUAAUCAUUAGCUCAACGAUAAUUAUUCUGUUUACGCAAUCAUCCGGAUCGUUUAACGUUUAACGUUACGAUGCAUUUUUUCGCCUUUCUCGAUCAUGUAUCUAUGUCGGCACAGAUUUCUGCGUUAUAAUCUUAAAUUUUGCGCAUUGUGAAGCUUGUAAAGAUUCAUGUGCACUGCCGUAUGUGUACAAAAGUAUCUUCUUGCACAGGAUCGUGCAUAUUUAGCGACAGCCGUACAAGUAAUGUAAUCGCGGUCGAUCCCGAGCCGCGAUCGGCGGAGAGAAGGGACGAGUUAUGAGCUCGGCAUGCUAUAUUCACAUCGAGGGUUCGUCGAUCGGCGGAGUUCGCCGGUGGUGUACCCUGGCAAAGGGCCCGUGUAGCCGCAAUAGUCGCCGCGAUGUGCGCGUGCACUAAAUUUAACUGACGACUAAUCGGUAGGACGUGUGACUCGCUUUUGAUUGGCACGUUGCGACGACGAAGAAGAGGACCGACCAUCGCGCCAACGGCGAGGGAAACGAAAGAACGUUGGGGAGGAAGAGAGAGAGGGAGGAAGAAGAUAAGACGAUACGUGGGAAAAUGACGCGGAGGAGGAUGACGAGGACGACCGCGGGACGAAUAAAAAAGAAGAGAGAAGAGAAAUGAGGCGGCGAGAUUCUCUCGAGGAUGAAUCAAGCCGCGGAGCGCGUUUUGUUCUUGGCUCGCAUAUACGCUCCGCGACGUUCCUCGGCUUGGCCCAGGGUGGGGGGUAUUUAGAAGCAGGUGUGGCUGAGUCAGCAUCCCCAAUAUAGACGUGCGUUUGUUUAGUAGAGAGCCGACUCCCUACGGAGGAGCACCUCCCGCCGAUCGCAGGUCGCCAAGCGCGCAAUACGAGCUCGAUUUUAUCGAGGGCACAUCGAUCGAAUCCGACCGGGGAAUUGAUAUAUCUCUUUAACACGGCCAUUCCCGGAGCAUUCCACUGCAAGGAGCCGUUCGCGGUGACUACGAGGGUUCAGCCGUCCCCAGCGGGACUCCCGACAUCGCCGUUGCGCUACUCCGUCACGCCGCCCCCGAGGCUGCCACCUUGCCGCCUAGGACGGGGACUCCCAGGUCCGAUCGCGAGGCACCGAACGGAGGAAUUAUGCCGGAGGAUAAUCGUGGACGUUAAUCGCCGUCGUCGUCGUCGUUGUCCAAGUAACUGCGGCUCGCGCGAGAGCGG